UACCGAGUGGUGCUCACGGUGGGGAACGGCACGGGCUCGGCAUACGUCGACGGGCAGCUUGUGGGGAGUUUGGAGGAUAAACCUCCAUUUACUGACGUGUUUCCUCCGCCUCCGCCUCUGCCUCUGCCUCCUCAUGAGCAAUUUCAGCAUGAGAGGGUCUCGCACAUCUUCGUUGGGGAAUACAGGUACGACGAAGUAAACGCAGAGGUCCACGUGACGGUGACGAACGUAUUUCUGUACAGCCGCUGCUUCAACGCCAGUGAGGUUGCGGCGCUGGAGAGGAAGGAGGAGGCCAGCGUGACGGAACCGGAGGAGGUGCCGCUUCGCACCGCUGCACCCGCUGUCAGUGACCCGAAGAACUCUGCGCACGACGAGGCUGCAGCAGCUGGCGGCGUGGCGGAGGGGCCGCCGGUGGCAGCCGGCACUGGCCCCGCGACGACCGACGCGGCUGGGAGUUCUGCGGGGGAUGCCUCGGUGCCGCGCGGUCCUCCGGCGCCGGGCUUCAACAACGCCUCCGCCGCACUUGCGAAGGAGGCUGCGGGCACAGUGCAGAAGGAGGCUGGGGGCGGCGACGGCACUGCGCGUGAGCGUCCCUCUGCUGUGCUCUCGCCGCUGCUGCUGCCGCUUCUGCUGGGGCUGUGGGGAUGUGUCUCGCUCCUCUGA